UCCCCGAUCCGUCCGACGCUAUAGGAGAAGAGCUUUUAGUCGCACCGUGAGUCGCCGCCGGAGAUCAAGAUUGAAGUUCGCCACUGCCAGCUGCUCCGUCGCUGUUCGCCGGAGGAAACCGGUCUCUGAGCUGCCGGAAAAAUCCGGCGCAGAAAUUUCAGCCACAGUUCAGCGGCGUCGAUACCGGAGUAGAAUGGACUGCUGUCGUUCGCGAUUAAACGUCGAAUUCACCGGUUGAAUAUUGCUGCGCAAUUGGAAGACUUCAGAAUCGAAAUCGAACUACUUCAAUCUCCAGGGUUCAUUGGAAAUUUCUGAUUCAGGAUCAAAGUAAAUUUUGAAUAUUCUGAUUGCGAAAGCUAACAAUGGAUUACAACUCCUACGAAAGCAGUGAAGGAACUGAUGACGAUUUUCUUCCUCGAAUUCAAAAUCGAAUGUCGAGAGGAGGCACAGUUUCUGGCAACAAAAGGAUUGCUACAGCUGCGGCUUCAAUGUCUUAUCCCAUGGUAUGCGAAGAUGCUAAAAUUGAAGCUAAAAUUCGUCAGCUUGAAAGGGAUGGAUAUUAUUCAGCUCUACGAGCAUUUAGAGCUCAAGCUGAUUCUAUAACUUGGGAGAAGUCAAGUUUUAUUACUCAGCUGAGGAAAGAGUUGAGAAUAUCGAAUGAAGAUCACAUAGAGCUUUGCAAAAAGGUUAAUGAAGAUGAAACAAUCCAAAAAAUAAGGGAGUGGCGACAAUCAACGGGGAGUGGAUUUCGUGCUUCUAAACCUGUUGCUGAUAGUUCUUUUUCAACUUCGCAAAAAAGGCAAAAGACUGAAAGGCCAUCUCCAUCUCCAAAAGCACGGCGUGGAAGACGUCGAUUGGAAAAUAAAACGACUAGGAUAGAAGAUAUUGAAAUUGAUCCAUUGGUUGGAAAGAAAAUUAGAACUAGGUGGCCUGUAGAUGGUAAUUUUUACGAAGGAAUAAUAUCGGAUUAUGAUGCUGCCAAGGAUCUUCACGCCGUACUCUAUAAUAUGGAUGCUCCUAAUGAAUCAUGGGAAUGGGUGAAUAUUUCCGAGAUUUCUCCUAAAGAUAUCCAAUGGGUAGGCACAUAUCCAUUUCAUCAGGUUAAUCCUCGAGGAGGCCUAAAAGGUAGGGGUGCAAUAAGUAGUCGAUCCCAGAAGGAUCUCAAGAACAACGAUGAAAUACGGUUGCUUGACACAGAUGUCCUAAUCGAAGAGGUCGAAAGGGUCUUCGGCGCCCAACAUCCCGACCCUGUGGAAAUCGAGAAGGCGCAAAAAGUGCUAAAGGACCAAGAACAAGCUCUUGUCGAUGCUAUUGCAAAGCUCGGGGCACUAUGCGAUGAUGAAGAUGGUUCGGAAUAGGUGAUUCAACGGUUGCAAGUGUAAAUUAAUAUUUCUGGCACGUGGGCUGAAACAAAUUUAUUUAUUUUUACAUUAGGACAAAUGUAUUGACUAGACUAGAUUAUAUUCUCGUUAGCAAAAUUGAAAUCUUACUGAAGUUUCAUACUAUUUAUUUUAUUAAAUUUUUUUGAGUCAAACUCUUAAAUUAA